AUGGGUGCCAUGCGAUAACAAAAUGGCCGUCGGGAAACGUCAAUACAUUUUAUAUAUAUAAAAAUAUCAAUAUUCCUUUAAUAACAGUGUAAAAUUCUCGCAUAAUUGUAUGUAGUUUUCGGUAGUGACAUCAAUUGUAUUCAAUUACCAUUGUAGUAACUUUAUAUGUGAGUUAGGAAUGGCGGAAUUUGUGCGAGGUGGCCCAAGCGUAUCCAACAGUGCAAAGGUUGAACACAAUAGCAAAGGGGGAUCACCUAGUACAGGAAGCGAAGAUGGAGGUCCGAUUGAGUCAUUAAAUGUGGAAAACGAAUUUGAUCCUUUCUUGGAAAACAUACCAGACGAUCUCCAGGAUACAGAAGAACCUGAUAGUGCCAAUACAACACUGUUGACUGCUCCCCCAGAAAACCAGUGGUACCACGGACAAUUGGAUAGGUUUACCGCAGAAGAGAGACUACGAGGUGCCGCAAAAAUGGGAAGCUAUUUGGUGCGAGAAAGUGAAAGAAAACCCGGAAGUUAUGUAUUGUCCUAUUUGGGGCGUACUGGCAUAAAUCAUUUCCGAAUUACAGCAGUAUGUGGAGACUACUACAUCGGUGGUCGCCAGUUCAACAGCUUGUCCGAUUUAGUUGCAUACUAUACACAUUGCUCGGAUCUAUUAAAGCGAGAGCGUUUAAUACAUCCAACGCCUCCACCUGAGCCCGUUAAUGACAAAAAAAGAAUAGUUGCAAUACUGCCAUAUACAAAAAUGCCAGACACAGAUGAACUGAGUUUCCAGAAGGGUGACAUAUUCUUUGUACACAAUGAUAUGGGUGAUGGAUGGCUGUGGGUUACUGCUCAUCGGACCGGUGAACAAGGAUUGAUAUUCCGAGAAUUGGUCGAGGAUUUAGAUGAUUCGAUUGAUCCAAAUACCGUAUUUUCCUGGUUCCAUCCAAACGUUACUAAGAGUGAAGCCGUUGAUAUGUUGGUGAAAGCAGGGCCGGGAAGUUUUCUAGUCAGACCCUCGGAUAACAGUCCUGGAGAUUACUCUUUGUUUUUCCAUAUAAAUAACCAGAUACAAAGGUUUAGGAUUGAAAAGAAAGGGGUCAGAUAUUUAAUGGGUGGCAGAACCUUUGAAUGUCUCGAUGCUGUAAUAAAUAGGUACCGAAAAGAACAAAUCGUUGAAGGUCACACUUUGGUGCAAGCUAUGGUCACAGAACCAGAUGGCAGUGUCCGAGUCAAUACAGAAGUGCAACAUGCGGAAAAAAUUUAUGCAACUCUUCGUGAAUGCCGCGAGCAAUCUGGAGUUAAGAAAAACAAGGGAAUUAAAAUGCAUGGUUAUUUGGAGAAGAAGUCGGAAAAAAAUAAAAAAUGGAAGGCACUGUAUUUUGUACUGCAAGUAGAUGCGACAGACACACAUCUAUAUUUAUAUGACAACCCUAAAAGAACAAAACCAAAAGGUCUAAUUGAUUUAAGCUGUGCUUAUUUGUACCAGGUUCACGAAAGUGUAUUUGAUCGACCACAUUGCUUUCAAUUAGUGGAAAGAGCUUUGCCUUGUUUAUCGACUAUAACAUAUUUGGCAGCACAGAAUUCCGAAAAUUCUCUUGAUUGGGUAAACGCAUUGAAGCCGUUGUGUGUUUCUCAACUAACGCGAGCACCGAAAGUAGCCCGCUUACGAGAAUUGCGUUCCUUGCAUUUACAUAUUUUAGAUGCACACAGGCUACCUUACAAAUUGGUGCCAAAUCCAUUCAUUAUAGUCGCUCUCAACAACGUAAAAGUUGCACGAACAAAAGUAAAGACUGGCGCAAGUCCGUUGUGGGAUGAAGAGUUCAUCCUUGAGGAUGUGCCACCUGAUGUCGUAUCUUUUACGUUGACGUUGUACAACAAAGGAAAGAGGAGUAAGGACACGGAAGUAGCAGAAUUGACAGUAGAAUUGACUAGCCUCGCUAAUGGAGAAGAAAUGGAAGAAUGGUAUACCUUGUCGGGAGUUACCCCAAUCGGCGAAUGGGGUGCUCUACGUUUACGCUUGAGAUACAGACAUGACUUGGCAAUGCCACCAGAAGAAUACAGUCCUCUACAGCAGUUGCUACUGGAUCCGGAAUUACAUGUUGUGCGAGCUUUAGCUGAUGUGUGUCACUUGGAUCGAAUACCUUUGGCCAAUAGUCUACUUAGAAUAUUCAGACAUGAACGAAAAGAGGCCGACCUUCUUCGGUCCCUGAACCAGGCAGAAGUAGAUAAAGAAGAUGAAACCCCAACGUUGUUCAGAGCAGCAAGCCUCACAACAACUCUUAUGGACUUGUACAUGAAGUCAGUUUGUACUUCAUUUCUAAAAGCUGCCCUGCGAGAUACUAUCGUAAAAUUGAUUGAAAGUAAGCAGAGCUGUGAACUGAAUCCCACUAAAAUGGAUUCCCCUGAAGACGCAUGCAGCAAUGCAGAGUUUUUGUUACAAAUUUUGGAUGAAGUUACACUGAGUAUAUUCAUGAGUCCAGACGACUGUCCAAAGACAUUAAGAUACAUAUGUGGUUGCUUACAACGAGCUGUGGUUUCUAAAUGGCCUCACGAAAGAUUAGUACGAACAAGAGUUGUUAGUGGCUUUAUAUUCUUACGUCUCCUGUGCCCAGCAAUUUUGAAUCCUAGAUCAUUCAACUUGAUAGCAGAGCCGCCACCACCUGCAGCAGCUCGCUCCUUGGUAAUGGUCGCGAAAUGUUUACAAAACUUGGCCAAUCUUGUCGAAUUUGGUGGAAAGGAACCUUAUAUGGAAGUAGUGAACCCGUUUAUUCUCAAGAAUAAAGAGAGGAUGGUUGUUUUCCUUGAUCAAGUAUCGAAUGUAAUUGAAAAGCCAGACUCUGAAGGUGCUGAUCUCAGAGGGAAGACCACGUGUGCGUCGGAUACUGCCAGAGAUCUUGCUACAUUGCACCAUAUUUGUGUUUCCCAUCUGAAGGAGUUGCAAGGUCUUGCUAAAUCACAGCCAACUAUAAAACAGUUGGUAACUGUAACGGACAUGCUGAGUAAACAUAAGCAAAAGUACAUGGAAAUGAUAAGGUAGUGUUAAAAUCCUCGAUGCCAAACACAAAACAAAAAUAAUAAUAAUUAAUAACUAACGACGAUAAGUAAUCUACGAUAGUAUUUAAUAUUUAGACGUAAGUAAUUAAAAGUAACAGACUGACGUGCCAUAUAUUAUUAUAUACACAAGCCUACAUCUAAUAUUUCAUAUAUUUAGAAUAUAGUUUAUACAUAUAGUGAUAAUCAUGCGAUAAAAUUAAAAUAAAAAAAUCAUGUAGGCAUACAACAAUUUUAUAUUCAAUUAGGUGCUCUAAAAUAAAAGCAUGAGAAAUAAAUGAAUGAAAAGUGUAUAAAUUCCUUUUAGUCCUUAUUAUACCACAUCUCAUACAUUUAACAUUUUGCAGUUUGCAAAUAGCAAUUGAGAAAAAAACCAUUUUUUUUUUUUUGUAUCCGUGAACGCCCAUUGUAACAAGUAUCUAUUUUAUAAAAAUAAAUAAAUACGUUACGUCUCGUAUUUCUGGUUCUCUGUUCAAAAAAAUAUCACAAAUGAUACCUAUGACACAACGGCUGUGUCAAUGUCGUUUAUUUGGAAAAUUAUAGUAACUCAGCAAAGGAUAAUUACGCUACUCGGUAAAGUAAUGUCAAUAAGUUCAGAAUUUCCAAGCGUCUCGCUUGUCAUGUGCCUCACUCUAUUAAUUUGCAAUUAGUUCCUUCAUAGUAUAUUUUCAUAAUACACAGAUUUAGAGGCAGUAGGUUAUAAUUACAUAUGAAUCUAGUAAUAUACAUUAUAUCAAUUAAAAAAUUUAUUUUUCUCGAUACAAUACAAAUCCUAAACAGUUCUUUGUUUGACAAACUCCAAGAGAAAUCUUAUACCUCAAUUUGUGCAUGUUCUACAUAAGUUUUUGAUUACAAACUGAGAAAGUAGAAUACAGUUAUUUGCCUUCCAACCCAUCCACAAUUAGUAUUUUAAUCUAAUUCUACCAAAACUCUGAUGGCAAACAAUUGUACAUUUGAAAUUAUUAUAUAUCAAAUUGAAUUUUAUGAAAACGACGAAAGACCCGAUUAUCCUCCUAUAUUUCACAUACAUAGUUUAACAGAAUUAUCCUAGAGCUCUACUAGAUAUUUUUCCGCAAAUAAUUUCAAUGUAUUGCAACGUUUUUCAUUUCGAUUUCGCAAUCUUAAAAUUUUUUUUAUCACUUUUGUCGAUUGAAAUUGAGCAUCCCUUACACGUUUGACCAAGAUGGCAGUAUCUUAUUUUGUUAAAUAAUUUUACAACCAAAGAUAUUUUUUCUUCUUCUUUUCAAUUAUGAUUAAGCUUUCGUAAGCGAUGGAUGAUCACACUAUCUAUGCUAGGAUGAACCCAAUAUUUGUGUGGGUCAAAGCCUUAGAAAUCAUAAA